CAAAGUUCUAAACGACGAGAAUUAUACUCGUGUGGCGGUAAAAAGGAAAGGGGAUUCUGAAAAAACAGAUAAUUUAGUGUAAAACUGAUGGAGAUGGAAGGGUUUGAAGACCUUUUGCAACAGGCAGAGCAGUUGACAGCUGACGUAGACAGCGGCAGUGAUCUACCAAGAGUCGAACGUAACAUCCAUCAAAUUGUUGAAGCUGGUCAAAGGCUAUGGUCGAGAACAGCACAAACUGGGCAGCCAGACACUGCCAAUGUGAAAGCGUCGAUCCUGCUUGGAUCUAAAGGUCUUGAUGUGCCUAAGAUCUCACAGCGCCUUGAAACACUCAGUGCUACAAGGACCCUUGAACCACUGGAGCCAAUUGCUGAUACCGAUAUACAGAGUUUUCUGAGAAAUGAGAGAGAAAAUGCUCUUUUAGCUGUUAUUGAGGAAACUAAAAAGAAUACAUUCCGCCAAGCAGAGAAGCACUUCUGGGACAGCAUGCAUAGUGAAUGGGAGUCAGAAAAGCAACGACUUUUAAACGCUCUGAUUGGAUCGGGUCAAGACCUUCUUGAUUACGCUCCCGAACGUGAUUCAGCUGUCGGGGACUCGGUGAUAAUGUCAAGUCGAAGUGGCAUGGAUCAUGUGCAGAUGGGGUAUAGUAGACAGAUGUAUUUGUUCAAUGAGUGUGUUGUGCAAGGUGGCCUACCACCAGACAUCCUCGAUCUGUGUACUAAAGUUGCCAAGCAGCUUGAUGAUAAGUUUAUCCUGGAUAUUUGGGAUAUGGUGCAUCAUAUGACAUCUGUACCAUUAGUGUCAACCUCAACUGUAGCCGAAAAUCGUAGCUCACAAAAAGUCCAGACUGCCUUUGUGAACCAAGCACUGAGAUACCUUGAGAAGACCUACUGUCAGUACAUUCUAGGCUACAUUUCAGAGGCCCAGCACCAAGCCAGGCUUGGAGGAAUACCAGGGAUCUACCCAUUGGUGCAAGCUUUUCUACGCAUCAAACUACUGCCGCUGGGAAUGCCUGGCCUAGAGGAGGCUGAGGUUGAUGGUCUUCCAUUAUGGCCCAUGGUGUAUUACUGUAUGCGGUGUGGUGACUUGGAGGCAGCCUUGCAAGCAUUCAAUAAGGCCUCAAAAGAUGUUGGAGAAGUCAGAGACUUUUUGCAGGAGUAUAUGCAUAGUGAUCAAAACAGGUUGUCACCAGCCAGUGAGACCAAGAUCAAGUUACAAUACAGAAGGGAAGCACGACACAGCAGUGACCCAUAUAAAAGGAUUGUUUUUUGCGUUCUUGGGAACUGCGACCCUUCAGACAGCCACUCCGAAGUAGCAGAUAAAACGGACGACUAUCUCUGGCUUAAACUUAGUCAAGUUUGUUUAGACCCUGAUUUAGGGGCAGCCGCUGAUCACACAUCGCUCUCUGACCUCCAGAGACAGCUGUACCAAGACUACGGAGAGGUUCAUUUCAAUGCCCAACAGAACCCUCUUCUGUACUUCAAAGUAUUGUUACUGUCAGCUCAGUUUGAACCAGCCCUGGAGUUUUUAUGGAGGAACGAGGCCCUGAGUUCUCACGCUGUGCAUAUAGCUAUUGUGCUGUUUGAGAUGGGCUUACUCAAUGUUCCUCAAAGUAUUGGUGCUCAGAUGUUAAGUAAAGUAUCAAAUGAUGCUGAACCAAUGAGACGACUGAAUUAUGCCCGUCUAGUGAGCUUAUAUGCAGCCAAGUUCCAGACUACAGAUCCCAGAGAAGCCCUCCAGUAUUUUUAUUUGCUUCGGAAACUGACCGAUUCCAAGGGAGAAAACCUAUUUACCAAAUGUAUUAGUGAAUUGGUAACCGAAACCCGCGAGUUUGAAAUGUUACUUGGCCAAAUAAAGGAAGAUGGAACACGCCGGCCAGGAGCGAUUGAUAAAUUCCAGGACAAUACACAACGGAUCAUAGAAACUGUAGCUAAGGAUACCGAAAACAAAGGGUUGUUUGAGGAUGCAGUUAAGUUGUAUGACUUGGCAGAUAAUUCUGAGAAAGUGUUGGAGUUAAUGAAUAAAUUAUUGAGCCCACUGGUGUCAAGUCCACCGACAACGCACUCUAAUAGGGACCGGUUACAUAAUCUAGCCAUAAGCAUUGCUAAGAGGUAUACGAAGCAGUGUUUAUCAGGGACGAGGGGAACCACAGAUACUUUCUAUCUUCUCCUUGAUCUGUUUACCUUCUUUGAUAUCUACUAUGCAAAAGAUAUUGACAGAGCAUUGGACACAAUUGAGAAAUUGAAACUAGUUGCGUUAACGCCGGAGAGUGUAGAUGACAGAGUAGCAGGCUUUAAACAAUAUAAAGAUGAAAUCAGGCGUAGCAUGCCUGAUGUCCUCAUUGCGACUAUGAAUAUAUUAUACACAAAGUACAAGAUGAAUCGCAGUAAACCGCCGUAUACUCCUCGCUCCAUGACACCACAGAGAGGCAUGGAUGGAGGCAAAGAUUCUUACUUGGAGUAUUUACGUCGACAGGCCAAGGCUUUGAUAACCUUCGCUGGAAUGUUGCCAUACAGAAUGCCGGGUGACAUCAAUGCACGACUUGUUCAGUUAGAAGUGCUCAUGAACUGAUGAUGCAUGCAAAGAACGUGUAAACUGUCAGGAUAUGCAAUAUAGGUUCAUUGCAUACACUCUUACAAGAUAUGAAACACACGAGUCAGAGCGCAAAAUGCGUAAUUUCAUUGGGAAAUCAUAUUUGGUUUAGGGUAUAUUAAAAUACCUGUAUAUCCUAUUAAUGAAUGACUUCUCGGGAAUUUGAUUCAGAGAUACAUGUGUAUUAUUUGAAAUUUAGAUGUAUGGGAAAAAUCUUACUCUUUAUUGUGUUAGUAAAACUAACAAAUAAUAAGAUUGAAAGAACAAAUUCUGCAUGCAGAAAACUUUUGUAGUAGGAAAAUUGACUUAAAAAAGCAAGCUAUACUAUUAUUAAAAAAUAUGCAUAAAAGUAUUAAAAACAAAAUUUCAUGAAAAUAUUGUCUCUGAAUUAUUCUGGUGAUCAUAUAAAUAUGAUCUCACCAGUAAUAUGUAAAGUAAUGUAUUAAUUAAUGCUGUUGGAUAUAGAACUUUAUACCGAAAUUUCAAAGCGCUCAAAGUGUGGACAAGCUUGUACAAUAACUUGCUUCUCCCCUAGGGGUCUGUGUCUGAGCUGCCUGGGAAACCGGUACCAGCUAUCUUUUGUCUGUCCACAACAGGGGUUAUACAGACCAAUACACCAGGGUUACCCCCUACUCAUCUCGAAAAAUAUUCUUUAAAGUGCACAUGACCCAAAUUGUGUACCCUGCAUCUCACUUUAUGGAAUGACUUUAAACGUUGCAUUUGUAUUGAUCAGUGAGGAUGUAUAAAUGUAAAUAUGUUCGUCUACCUGCCGCAUCCAAUCAUACCAAAGAUGAACUGGAUGUUUACUUUUUAAAUAGAUAUAGAAGAAUGAAUAUGGGUUUGAAAUUAUGCUUGAGAGAUGUGUUUUCCCAUGCAAAAUACCGAAACAAUCAUAAAAAUCAUUUUGAAAUUAACUUGCUCAUUUUGAAUAACAUAAAAAUGAUCAAUUUGAACAUGGAUAUUAGAGUAUUUAAAAAAUGUUUACCUACAAUUUUACUGCGAAAAAUAACAAACACUUCCAGCUGGAAGUGUUUUGUUUUAAUUAUCAUUGUGCAGUAUAUAAAGUCGGGGUACAUCUUUUUUUAAUUCAAUAAUUUCUAUGCUAAAGUAAAUUUGUAUGCAACUCUGUAUGUUACUGCAAAAUGAGGAAGUUAAUUUCAAAAUUAUUUUUUGAUUUUUUGUUUUCAGGGGACAGAUGCAUCUUUAAUCAAUAUACACAACUUUCCAGAAUUGUAUAAUUUAUUUUGUCAAAGAACAAUCAAACAAUGGAACAUGAAAUUAUGAGCUGGUACUGUGUAUAUAAACCAAGACAGUGUGGCCCUCAACUGUGAAAAAUUAGUAAUACUUUACUAUAAUUUUUUUUUCUCCUUCAAACAUCAUGUAAUUUGCUGCUGCCAAGAUACUGUGUUUACUUCAUAACACUUUUUUCAAUAAAAAAGAGUGAUGGAAA